UAAGCAAAUUCAUUUUUUUUCCUUUUCGCUUCCAAAAUGUUUCAAUUUAUCUGUCGAUUGUGGGAACGGCUAAUAGGCCUUUUUUGGCUUGGAAGAGAAUCUCGAAUGGAAGUUGCUGUAGUUGGUUUACACAAAGCUGGCGUAACAACGUAUGUGAACGCAAUCUCCAAAAUCGACUGCACUAAAACCAAAAUGAGAAAGGUAAAGUAUAGUAAUACCUCAAUCAAAGUUUGGGAUCUUGGAGGCGACAGAAGAUUUCGUCGUGGUGUGGAAAAAUGCUGUCGUGGUGUGCAUGCAAUAAUUUUCAUGGUGGAUGCAGCUGAUGGCGAAAAAAUGUCCAAAGCCAGGCAUGUACUUCACGAAUUGUUGCACAAGCCUCAGCUGAUGUGCGUUCCUGUUUUGAUAGUGGGCAACAAAACCGAUUUGCCCAAUGCUUUCAGUUCGGAAGAGCUUAUAGACUAUCUUCAUUUAAAUUGCGUCAAAGUUCGAAAAACUUUUUGUGCCAUGGUAUCUUGUAAAAAACGUGAUAAUAUAGAUAUUACAUUACAAUGGUUAAUUGCCUACUCUAAGCGACCCAAAUAG